CCAUCUAAGCAACGCAGUUUCGUCGUACGAAAUACGUGAUUUAUCGGCAUCGUUAAUCCUCGUACACAAUGAGAAAAUAAACUGAGGCAAAUUGGUUUGAUUCGGGGUAAAAGUUCCUGUUCUUGGUAGCGCGCUAUGGCGAUACUCGCAAAUGCAGCGUAUAUUGUCCUCCUGGCGUCAGUGGCAUCAACGUUUGGGCAAAACAAUGCUACGCUUCGGCUGCAAAUCGUUCCACAGGACGUUACAGUAAUCGUUGGCGCAAAACAGAACGUUACCGUCCGUCUUGUGGGGUUGCUAUCACAGGCUGCGACCGUCAACUUCACCCAAACGAAUGCUACCGAAGGAAAUGAUUAUGUUAAGUUGGUACCACCGACACUCGGUUUCGAUACUCCACCUUCACAUUUCGUAAAUCGGACCGAGCGAAUUUCGUUGGUCGGCUUGCGUGCUGGUAUAUUUGAUCUGCUGGCACAUUUUUCGCCACCAACCGAAUUUCUGGAUGCAACCCAGGCAUUCGUUAGGGUCACGGUUGCCAAAUCGGGGAAAUGGAUCGUGGUGGCCUCCGUCAUCGGCUGGCAGUACUUCCUCGCCUGGACGUGGUCCUUCUGGCCGCAGAUUUGGGAGAACCGCGCUCGGGCCAGUGUAGUUGGACUGUCAUUCGACUAUCUUGCUCUAAACUUUGUAGGGCACUCGAUGUAUGCUGCGUUUAACUGUGCCCUCUUUUGGAGCGACUCUGUGCAGGAAGAGUACCUUCGACGCAAUCCGCGUGGUUUGAUUCCUGUGCUAGCCAACGAUGUGGCGUUUUCCCUUCACGCCGUUUUCGCCACCAGCUUGAUCAUAGGGCAGUGUUUCUUCUACGAGCGAGGCCAGCAGAAGGUGUCAUACAUCGCGCGAGCCCUGGUGACCGUGUUUGGGCUGGUGGUGCUCAUAUCUGGCGUGCUGGUCACAACCGGAACAUACCAUUGGUUGGACUUUUUCUACAAUCUCAGCUACAUCAAGCUAGCAAUAACACUGCUAAAGUACAUUCCCCAAGCAGUUCUCAACUACCGUCGAAAAACUACCGUUGGUUGGAGUAUAGGUAAUGUUUUGUUUGACUUUACCGGAGGCUCGUUGAGCAUGCUGCAGAUGCUCCUGAAUGGGUACAACUACGACGAUUGGGAUUCAAUAUUUGGCGAUAGGGCUAAAUUUGGUCUCGGCCUUUUCUCCGUGCUAUUCGAUGUGCUAUUCAUAGUCCAGCAUUAUAUACUGUACAGAAAUUCCAACUAUAUUGAGCUACAAGGAGAAAAUUAUCCCGGCCCGGGAAGCGUAACUACUUCACCCCGUCCGAGUGUAUCCGCUUAAAAGCCGCAAUGAGAGUACCAUUUUUACAUGUUGAGGACUGAUGGUGGGCGAUAGCGUCGAGGACUGCUAUUGAAACCCGUACUGAGAAUACUUCAGUAAUCGAAGAAAUUAUAUUGCCGAUUGGAAUCGGUUGAGGAUGUGUAUGUUAGGUUAAGUGAUUCGUUGAUGGGCGCGCCAGCAAGGACUUGUUGGUAGUGUCCACAACGGAUAUAGCCAAAAACGUAAACCUG